UCGUGGCAGCAGAAGCAGAAGAAGCAGCAGAAGCAGCAGCGGCAGAGGCAUCAGUCACGCUCACGCUCCCGCAGGCGCGCACUCGGAGGUGGGGAGGGGGACUGCUGCCUGUCGAUGUUAAAAGUUGCACAACAACAAGAACCAAUGUGACUUGUUGGAACGUUUCAGGCACGGCUAACUUUGCGUCUUCUUGGGUGAGAAUUUCUUGGAGGUGAUGCCACCAUGGAAGCGCAGAGGAAUGAGGCCACGUUAGAAAAACACAAGCCAUUAUACAAGAUACAGGAGGAUCAGAAAAAUGUGCCAAGCUGCACAUAUUGUUGCACUCUUGCAAACUUUCGUAUUGAAAAGAAGAUUGGCCGUGGUCAGUUCAGUGAGGUCUACAAAGCUACAUAUCUGCUGGAAGGACAACUAGUUGCACUCAAAAAAGUUCAGAUCUUUGAGAUGAUGGAUGCCAAAGCUCGUCAGGACUGCAUAAAAGAAAUAGAUUUACUUAAGCAACUUAAUCAUCCAAAUGUAAUCAAGUACCUAGACUCAUUUAUUGAAGAUAAUGAACUCAACAUUGUUCUGGAGCUGGCUGAUGCUGGUGAUCUAUCCCAAAUGAUUAAGUAUUUCAAAAAGAAGCGACGACUGAUUCCAGAGAGAACAAUAUGGAAAUAUUUUGUGCAACUAUGCAGCGCUCUGGAGCAUAUGCAUUCACGUAGAGUAAUGCACAGAGAUAUCAAACCAGCCAAUGUGUUCAUAACAGCCACUGGAGAAGUAAAGUUGGGAGAUCUUGGAUUAGGACGCUUCUUUAGCUCAAAAACCACUGCAGCGCACUCCUUGGUUGGGACGCCAUACUACAUGUCUCCAGAACGGAUCCAUGAGAAUGGAUAUAAUUUUAAAUCAGACAUCUGGUCCUUGGGAUGUCUUCUAUAUGAGAUGGCUGCACUGCAGAGUCCUUUUUAUGGGGACAAGAUGAAUCUCCUGUCCCUCUGCCAGAAGAUAGAACAGUGUGAUUAUCCUCCUCUCCCAGCUGAUCACUACUCUGAGAAGCUGAGAGACCUGGUUGGCAUGUGCAUCAAUCCAGACCCAGACCAGAGACCGGACAUUGUCUUUGUGAUGCAAUUUGCCAAACAGAUGCACGUGUGGACUUCAAGCACCUGAACAGUAUCUCCCCUUUUGGGCACAAUUGCUUAAGGACCUCAAAACCACUGGACAUAAGCUAUGUCUCUCUCUACAGAAAACAUACCUUUAUUUGAACCCUUUUCCAGAGCUCAAGAACACACCACAAAAACUGUACAAGUGUGAUCUAUUCAAAGCUGUUGCAGCUCUGUCAUGGAGGACUGAGCUGCUGGAAGGAAGUUCACCAAGGGUGUUCAGUAUGCCCUUUUAUUUUCGGUUCUCUGAUUAAAGUUGUGUUUGAUGUCAGGUUUGCGUUAUAUUUGUUUUUGCAUAACUCCACCAGAAUUGCAUUCCAAAGAUAAUUCAUGUGUUACUAGAAGCUAUUGAAUGAGAUACUCACAUUACAUGAGGUUCAUGCCUCACUAAUAAGGGGUCCUUUAGUGUAUUUGUGUUGUGAAGAUAAGUUUUCAUUACAUGUGUUCACAUGUAAUGCAGAAAUAAUCAAAGCUAUUGUCCAGGAAGUAAGGAUUUAUUACUUUGAUUUUAUUAGGCAUAUCAUGGUGGUUAUGUUCCUUAAAUAUAAUUUUAAAAAUCAGUGUUAUGUGAUGCUUGAUAGAUUUAAUCUACAUUUCUCUAUGCCUGUAUAGACCUCGGUCACUGUGAAACACGCCUUGUUAACAAGAUGCUGUGAAAUACUUUUGUUUCUUCUGUUAAGUCCUGUACAUAAGAUGUACUCUUUACAAAGUGUUAUCAGCCACUUACUGUACUUAUUGAAUUGUGACCUUGCCUCAA